UGCAACCGGUAAACAAUUGGUGUGUUUUUACCUGUUUUGACAGAUAUGUCAUCCCCCAAUUCUAGCUCAAGUUUUGAUGCUGCGGAGACAUUUGCAGCGGCUUUAAUUGGACAAGUUGAUAACGAUUCAGUUAAAAACAUGGUUGUGGUUCAAAGAGACAUGCUUUCCAGAUUUGAAAAGACCAAUGAAAUGCUGAUUAAUUUCAACAUCCUGUCAUCAAACAGAUUCUCCAUUACCAGCAGUCAGUUUAGAAGACACACUCAACUUCUGUAUGACAUGAAAAAGGACUUGGACUCCAUAUUUAAAAGGAUAAGAGUCAUCAAGCAGAAGUUAAGAAAAUCCCAUCCUGAUGCAUUUAAAGCCUGUGAGGUCUCGCCACUUGAAGAGGAUGAGGAGGAGGAGGGCAUUUUGAGUGAACGUCAAACGACAGAAGAGGUAGAAGUGAAUACCGACAGUGAGCACAACAGUUCUACUGACAAAGCAUCCCCUGAACUGCUAACUGAAGCUGCGGUCAAAACAAAUGGAAAUAAGGCUUUUGAAAACAGUUAAUUCUUGUGAGAUGUAUUGUUAACAGAAUAAUCACCAUUCCUGUAUUGUUUAUUGAUGGUAGGUAUAAGAUAUAUAAUAGUAAAAUCAAUAACUUCACAUUCCGUAUCAGUUUCGUGCUUCAACUAUCUGUACGGAAAUUUAUGUGUGCAAUAUUUUUAAAAUACAUGUUUAAUGACUUUGUUGUUUGUGUUAAAGUUGUUGAUAUUUACAUGAACACAAUAAAUGUUUGUUGUUUAUACUA